ACUUUGGUGGGGUUCAGCUCUGUUUCGUAUUCUCACGUCUUCUUGAAGUAGCCGGAUAUCAUCUGGAGCUCCACACAUCCCGCUAGGAUUCGUCACGCAAUGCCUUACCGUAAAAAUAUUGCUGAGCAGGCAAGGCUCUACCUCAACAGCCAGCUCCGAACCCACUGGAAAAUCUCCUCGUUGUUGCUCGCAGAGGCUCGCAAUAAUGGCAUUGAGCCCAACCUGACUCGCAGCGGUGAAUAUUUACUCGCAGAGUACCAUUAUAAUGAGGGCAGCUUGAAGACGCGGGCAGCAGUAGAGGAUCUGUCCUUCUACGCGAAGUUUACGGCUCCCACCAUCGACUGGAUGUGCAACCAUGAGGCUGUCCUUAUUUUCAAAAUCGAAGAGGGGCAUUGUUAUCAGCAUCGCCCGCAGGCAUCGCUCUCGGUAGUGGCAGACAACUCUGGCAGGGCUAAUAUGUCCCAUGCUUCUGCCGCAUUCCGUGUACCAUAUAAGGUGGUUCGUAUGAAGGCUCAGCAGGACGAGGUCAUCGGCUACGAGAAUAGCAUUAUCAGCGAUAUGCUAGUGUUUGAUUAUGAGAAGGCGAAGCUUACCAAACUCUCACCCGAGAUGCCGCACCAUAAGCAGUCCUUGGCGGAGUACUUCCGCAUCUACCUUCAAGCUCUCCAGUCUGCAAACCAUCAUGCUCUUGUCUCCUUGCCAUACUUUAUCCUUGGAGACCCUAAAUUUGCCAUUAAUUUCUCGCAAGCCGUGCGCGCGAUCCCGGAUACCAUCGAGGUGCAUCACGGUAUGCAGGCUGACGAGUUCAAUUACCAUCUCCUUCGCCAGUUUUUCACGGCUGCUACACUGGCACGGGCUCCAAACCUCCUCUCCGAUGAUCACUCUCGGGCUGUCACUUCACUUGCAGAGUAUCGCGGCGGAUGGGCUACGAAACACCAUAGAAACGUCCACUUCCGUCUGGAAUUCAGUGUUCCCCAUGCCACGGCUGUGUGUGACCAAGAGAUAAUAAUGCACUUUCUCAUCGGUAAGGUACUCUUCUAUGGCAGCGAAGAUUUCGAAGUACCGCCAAGGAAGACCUUCCACGAUUGGACGGUUACCAUUCUCUUCCGAGUUAAAAACAUACUUGGAGCCCAUGGGUGCCGCGAGAUUGACAUAUCCAGUGGUCGUUAUAUGCACCAAUUCUCCACUUUCAAUGGUUGCGUCGAUUCUGAUAAAGAUGACGUACAGUAUAUGAAGUGCAUAAUUGGCUUCAUCAAGGAAGGGUACCCGCAUGUCCUCGAGCGUGCUAAAUACCACAUUAUCUAUGACCCCGGACGGAUGCGACCGCCAACCCAGCUGAUCGAUAACGGAUCAAUGUACGAGCCUGAUAGCGACUGGUCGCACAAAGCAUCCAUCGAGGACUGCCGAACAGUAUCGCAGCAAGCCAUCUGGCGCGACAUCUCUCAGAGCAGCAGCAUGCGCGGUUUCGACCUAAUUACCGCUCUUUCCCAGGUCGCCAUCAACAUGUAUUUCCAUUCCAGCUGGGCGCGGGCCCAGGCCGCCACUCACACGUCCGCCGAGACGUUGCUUCUCCAGUGGAAGCUUGAGCGGUGUUUCGAGGCUGAGUUUAAACCGCCCAUAGUGCAUCUAUGCAGCAACCGUCAGGCAAUCGUCAUCCUUCACCUCAAGCGCGGCUUCUUGAAACCCCUGCGCACCUGGGCCUCUUGCACCAACAGCGAUGUGUCCGAGUUUGAAGACUGGCGAGUCGCAUUCGAGGUUGAGCUGAAGAUGUGCGACCACUCUGCAUUGACGGAUGUAGUCAGUGCCGAAUGGCAAGCCGCAUACAAUCGGUCUCGGGUCUCUGAGCAGUACGGAACGACCGAGGUAGUCAACUUGAAGCACGUCUGCCUCGACCUCCAAAAUGCAACCUUCCUGCGCGAGUUCUCACGAGACACCUCUCAGAAUAAGUGCUCAAAGGACCACGCGGUAACAGCAGUUGCCUAUCUCCGUGACCACUACCUCAAGCAGCUUGUCGCUGCAGGUCAUCAUAUAAUCUGCUCCGUCCCGGUCCUAAGAAAGCCGUCCGCGGAGCUCCGUCACUUGCCAACUAGUGUCGCCUUCGAGGUAUCGAUGCCUUGGUGGGCUGAACACGGCGAGGAAGAGCCGAUUGUAGUCGUCUUGGCACGAUGGCUUGCCGGUGCGGGGGGGAUUGUGUUGUAUGGCAUCGUAGCCAUCUCCGUCUGCUCCCUCCCUGUUCUAUCAGAGAUCAAUGCAAAGACCACCGUCGUGUUCCUCAACUCGACCAGUGAGCAGGAUAUAUCACACCUUGAGCUCACUUGCUUGGCCGAUCACCCUGAGCGGAAGGCUGUGUCCUGCCCAUUCUCCUGCCAUUUAAAAAGACCUGCGGGUGGUCCCAUAACGUACCGCUGGGAACAUCGCGAUGAAUGCGAUAUGGCGGGACCUUACUCGGUUGAAUGUGGUACGGAGAACUACCUAGAGAUCACCCCUCGGUACGAAUAUGGGGCGAUGGAAUUCAAGUUGCGCGGCUCCGCGAGCCUUGUGCUUUUUGCAAAUACUUCCACUAACAAAAGUCGGCGUUUAUGGUCCAAUGCUAUCUGGGAAGCCUCGUUCAGACUCGAAUCCGGCGAUGGAAGGUUAAAAGUCAUUCCGCUUGAGCAGCGGCGUACGCGAUUUUCCAAGGCAGCAUCAGGGAAAGUAUCACCUGGCAUUUCGUACGACCCGGAAAAGCUUCUUAGGGGGGUAAUUCCUGAAGUAAUUGACGUGUCGGAUAUAUCAAAUCGGCUCCGAGUACUCACGCAGACGUGCUACUCAUGCUAUCCCCCAAUGACGACAUACACUCUAGCGCAGCCAGCUGUCAACCACGAUGGUGACCUGGUUUUUGAACUCCGCCCUUGCACAACAUUGCAGCCUGGGAAGAUAGCUAUUCCUGACGCGAGUGGUGCGGAGCCAUUGAAUGAAGCACCAGAUGACCACAGUAGUUCUUCGAAUGCACUGACUGCAAAGGCCAGCUUGCAACAUUUGCAAAUAAGUGAUGUCACCUACACACCCUUGAGCCUCGACUGGAUGCAGGCUCAGGAAGCUUUUGACAUUCGCCCGAUGACGCCAGUUUUCGGCUCCGUAAUCGACUCGGCUACAUCAACCUUACCAGGCUCGUCGGCACUCAGCCCUGGAGGAAUUAACGCCGACCUGGACCAUCACUUCUCUCCGCGGCGAAUGCUUUCAUCAUCCGCUCUUUGGCGAAGUGAUCCAACGGGACCUCUGGGCUCUUUAGAUACGGUCAAUGAAGAUACAGAGACACUGCCUACGCCGCACAAAAGCAGUGGUUUGGAGAGCUCAGAUGUUGGAGGUAGUAUCGUAGUUGACAGCUCAUCCUCUUACCACGAUACGGAAGAUGGCUGCUCUGCAACUGGCUCAUCGAGUAGCGAUACACUCAUGCCCUUCGGCUUGACGAAUAUGCGUCCAAGCAUGUCGAACAACGCUACCUGAUUCGGUGGGCUGGUCGGUGGGAUGAGCAGUUGUGUAGUUCUGCCAUGAGUGAUGGCGGCUGUGGCGGACAACAGGUGCGGUGGCGCUUAUAUCGUGCAUAGCUGAAGGCGAGUGUGACAGAGGAGG